CGCAGCAGGGACCCGCGCAGCCUGCUCCCGCUACACAGCACGAACUUCUACAACUUUUUCAGAGGCCAUUAAAUAAAGUCACCAAGCCAAAGAAUAGAGGUUACGACUUAAGGAGGUCACAACUCGGGCCAAAAAAUAAAAGAAAAAUUUAAAAAACAAAACAAAAAAAACCCACCAUUGGACUAAUAACUCAAGACUGUAAAAAUAAGGUAAAGCUGAAAAACUUACAUUCAACGGUCGUCAGGCACAGUAUGAGCCGCACCGUGGUGUUAUUCGUGGUGCUGGCAGUCGCCGCCGCCGCGCCGAUGGCAGCCGCGCAACGAAAUACGGCAGAUUCUUCGAUAGCUAAAGAUAGAGUUUUUCGACAGUCUGUGUUAAGCACUGGAAAAAAUGUACCGGCAAAACCCAAGUGGGGCUUCUUUGGGACCAUUUUUACCGUCAUCUUGGAGCAAAUCAACGAGACCAAAAGCGCAUAUAAUCAAAUUUCUGAUCUAGUUAAUAACAAUUUCGCCGACGACAACGCGGUUCCUGCAACUACUGACGCCACUACCAACACCACGGAAGCCACUAAGAUAACCAGAAAGGAGUUCCUUCAAAUUCUGGAUCGUAAUCUUAAAGGUCUUGCUAGACUUCGGAACUUAGAAUGGCGGGAAGCUAAAAAGGAUUCUCGAGCAAACUUGAAAGAAUACUGGAAUGAAAUAUUCAGUGGCAAGAAAACAAGAAGUACAAGAUAGCAUACACUUUUAGUUGUAAUUUUUAAUUUGGUGUAUAUUUUAGGAUGAAUUAUUUAGAUUUAAAACUCAAUUUUCUUUUCUGUUUUCAAGGGAUCUUUAUUAUUUUGUCUUUUGUGAAUUAUCUUAAGUGCCAUAGUUAUGGACAAAUAAGCCUUUUUAGUCGUAAAAUGUAUGUACAUAUCUAUACCUACAUAAUAUUAUUAUUUGCUCCUUGGUGCUGUAAUUAUUUAUUACGACUUACUUAAGUACGGAUUUUUAAAAGUACAGCUAGUACUAAGAUGUCAGGUUAUAAGGGUAAAAUUCUUGAACACCAAAGCAAAAAACUUACUGUGCAAGUCGCAACCUAUAAAUAAAGUGUAUUGUGUAGGUAUAUGAGUUAUAUGACUAGUACUUAUUCUCUUUUUGUGAUUCAUGUAGGUACUUAAUAAACUUGUUUGUAAAAGCAUUA